AUGCUCGACACGCCCGACACGAGUGCGACGACCGCCUCGGAGGACAAGCUUGCACGGUCCGAGUCCCAGGACUCGAAGGCGGAAAAAGGGGACUCCAGGCAUGUGGAGGCACACCCUAUCCCCGUCGACACGCACGACAUGUACGAGGGCGACGACUCGGCCGUCGACCCGGUAUACCAUGCGAAGGCGCACAUCUUGAACGAUGCGUUCCAGGAGAUUGGGAUGGGGAAGUACCAGUGGUACCUCUUCAUGGUUGCGGGGUUUGGAUGGUUCUCAGAUAACCUGUGGCCCGUCGCAACGGGCUUGAUUCUGGACCCUGUGGUGAAUGAGUUCGCGGUCCAAGGGCCCUACCUGAGGCUCGCACAAAGUAUCGGUUUGCUGGUCGGCGCGGCCUUCUGGGGCACCGCAUCCGAUGUCUGGGGGCGCAAGUGGUGCUUCAAUAUCACACUGCUUAUCACUGGUGUCUUCGCUGUCGCUGCGGGUGGAUCACCAAAUUUCGUCGUACUUUGCUCAUUGACGGCCGUCUGGAACGUUGGUGUCGGCGGAAACCUGCCCGUCGACUCGGCUGUCUUUCUGGAAUUUAUCCCAGCAUCACACCAAUACCUAUUGACCGUUUUAUCAAUUUGGUGGGCGUUUGGCCAGCUAGUCGGCAGUUUGGUCGCCUGGCCGCUCAUCGCCGACUUCUCCUGCGCAUCCGCGGCGGACUGCCCACGGUCGUCGAACCAAGGCUGGCGGUACUUCCUGUAUGCCAUGGGCGGACUAAUGUUGCUCCUCUUCGUGCUCCGCUUCUUCGUCUUCCACAUGUACGAGUCGCCGAAGUACCUGAUGGGGCGCGGGCGUGAUGCCGAGGCGGUCGAAGUCGUGCACCGUGUCGCAGCAUAUAACGGGCGCGUCUCUACGCUCACGCUGGAGAUGCUGCAGGACGUGGAGACGCGGCUGGGCAAGGGCGUCGUACCGGGCGAGGCAGCUUUCGAUACGAGCGCGAAGGCUGCGGUGUUGCGGAAGAUGCAGACGUUUGCCGGGAGCCAUGUCAAAGGCUUGUUUGCCACCACGAAGCUGGCCUAUUCGACGACGUUGCUCAUCAUCGUUUGGGCUCUCAUUGGGCUAGCAUUCUCUCUCUACAGCGGUUUUAUCCCAUUCUUCCUCGCUACCCGAGGAGCUGACUUCGGGGACGGGUCCGUCUACAUUACCUACCGUAACUACUCUUUGCAGCAAGUCAUUCUGAGCGUCAUCGGAGUACCCGGUGCUCUGCUUGCAGGAUGGAUGGUUGAGCUCCCCUAUCUGGGACGGAAAGGCACCCUUGCGAUAUCGACGAUCAUCACCGGGGUGUUCUUGUUCGCAAGCACGACUUCACGGACGUCCAAUGCGCUGCUGGGAUGGAACUGUGGCUACACGUUCACUAGCAACGUGAUGUACGGCGUGCUCUAUGCGGUCUCCCCGGAGCUCUUCCCGACAAAGAACCGCGGGACGGGCAACGCUAUCGUUGCGUCUGCAAGCCGUGUGUUCGGUAGCAUGGCCCCAAUUAUCGCACUGAAAGCGAAUCUGGCGACGUCGGUGCCUAUCUGGGUUGCCGGCGCAUUGUUCCUCGUGGCGGGCUCUAUCUCGUUAUUGCUGCCGUUCGAGUCGAGGGGAAGAGCCUCGAUUUGA